CUAGACUGUGGAAAAACUCUUUAUUGAAUUCUUAAAUUUAGUUUAAUUUUGUCGCUGCAACUUAAAACAUAUAGUAAUUUAUUUGUAUUUAAAGAAAUUAAAAAAAAAGAAAUAUUUGAAAAUAUGCCGCUUAAAUGGAAUUUUGUGUUUGUGUUUUUUAUAAUUUUAAAUAUUUUUCUGCACAAAACAGAGGCUUAUCAGGCGCUUUUGCCACCAGGCGAAGAUGGCAAGUGCACUUAUCGCGGCGAUAAACUGGAAGUGGGUAAACAUUCCGGCUCAGCACCCUGUCAGAGUUUAACAUGUCAGGAGGAUGGCUCAACAUUAGUAGAGGGUUGCGGUAAGCUAUGGAUACAAAACUGUAAUCGUGGAGAACGUGUAGCAGCCGAUAAACCCUAUCCGGAAUGCUGUAAAUUGGUGUAUAAAUGCAAAAAUCCUGACGGCUCUUCCUAUUAUAUAGAACGGGAUGCUGCUGAAUAUCAACUAAAAACUGAAAAUUCUACGUAGUUUUGAGUUACUCUCAAUACUUAAAUGAAAAUUUCUUAGGUUUUAAUGUUUUAAUUAGUAGUUUUUAGUUGUAUUUUUGUAUUUAUUUUUAUUUUCUUAAUAUUGACAAAAAGCUGAAACCAAAAUAUACUGAAAAAAUGGGA